AACGAUAAUAUUUAUUUGAUCUUAAAAUGAAAGAGAUGUGCUAUAGCAGAAGAAUGUUAUGGUCAAGUAAGUGCUUUAAACACGUUAUUGUGUGUGUGCCAGAAUUCAAUAUACAGUAUGACUGUUUAGCUCCUAUAGUUGCUUUAUCAGAACUUGUUUCUUUAGAUGUAUAGACACAAAGUAUUUAAUUAUGAAAGGCACUUGCUGUAGCCUACUUGUGUGAGUAAAGAUGUUGGUGAAAAAUGUGCAAUAAAGCUGUCAAAUAACAACCAUCAUUUGAUACCAGGCCAUAUGAGAUAACAUAACAGAGACAUUUAGAAGCAUAUCUCAUAUCUAAUGCCCAUCUGGCAUUUCAUGUUGGCUGAUGAUCACCAGCUGUUUUGCAGGUGCUAGAGGCUGGCUGGAUACACCAUUCAACAUUUGUGAUUGAUAUGAUUGAUUGCUGAUUGGUUAAAAGCGUUCAAAGGAUUGGCUCGAGCGAUGACUGAAGGGCGGGAAAAAUGCAUCGAGCAAAAAGUAUCUGCUCUAUUUAUUUUAUUGAGCAUAUGCACUGUCCAGUGUCCACAUACAUGGCCAAUAAAUAAAUGCAUUUUAAGGUAAGAAAUGAAAUGUUAACAUAGGUGGAAAUGGUUGAAAUGGGUGAGCAGAACUGUUUACAGUAUAGGAAUUGGAAACAGGUGUAUUUCAGAAAGUUUAUUUGCAGCGUGUUUUCAGGCACAAUCCUCAUACUCCAGCCUUGUUCCACUUCUGUCCGGAACAUUUCCCUCUGUAAUUUGAUAGUCGACCGUAAUACUUGUAAUAAACUCAAUUUUUAAGGGAAGCUCUCAACGUUUUCGUGUAAUUAGGUGCAGUAGCCUUGAGGUGGCACAUCACAAAAUAUGGAAUUUAUGCGGAGGAAAAUGAAGACUAUUGUUUUUCUGAAUGCACUGGCAACGGUUAUCUGGUGUGCCCCUCCGCGCUGCGACCCUGGAGACGAAUUACUGGGUAAAGUACUCCGCUUUUUAUGAUAACACAGAUGGUGUGUUUUGUUCACAGGACUGAUGUGACAGUGUUUAGGCUAUUCCUGAAAUGUCUUUAUCUACAAGGCAAUGGUUGUGAGGAAUUUUAUCUAAAACAUAGACAUGCAAACUAUUGUAGCCUAUUUUAAUUCACAAGCUGCCAACAGUAACAAAAGUAAAAGUAACCUCUGUGUCUUAAAUGAGUGCGAAAUAAAAUGCUUAUUUUUCUUUAGAGAAUGAUAGAAUUGUACAGUUAUAUAGAAAUAUUGAGGUAGAUAUUCAUCACUUAGAAAAUGAAUAUGAUUUUACUGACAGACCAACCUGGUCUCAGAGCAUUUCGUAUUAUGUUGUAAGUAAAUCCGAGACUCUCCAUUUAGGAUGAUAUGUUAAGUUUCGUAUGGUAUGUAUUAAUUUGUGGAUGUCCAUCACCCAUUUCGAAUGAUAUGUUAGAAAGUGCAAUUCGUUUGCAAUGUACAAUUUGUAAAUGUACAAUAUGUUACGAAUUUGAAAAACGUAUGAUAUGUUACAAAUUCUAGCUACGUGCCUAAAGUUAGCUAGCUGGCUAACAUGAUCUAGGCUAGGGGUUAUGGUUAAAGUUAGCCUUAGGGGAAGGGUUAGCUAAAAGGGUUAAGGUUAGGGUUACGGGAAAGGUUAGCUAACAUGCUAAGUAGUUGCAAAGAGCUGAAAAGUUGCUAAUUAGCUAAAAUGCUAGAGUAACCAUCUGUCUUAUGUAACCAUACCAAACGUAACAUAUCAUACUAAUUUGAGUGUCUAAGGAAUUUAUGUUUAUUAUGUUACGUCAAGUGUAUGAGACCAGGCUGGACAUGCAGACAUUUGUGAGGAGAGAUGGUAAAGCCAGAUAGUGUUCAUAAAAACAGACAAUAGUCGCUAAUAACGGUGGCGAUAAAUGUGAUUCUGCCAUCUAGUGUUGAAUGUAUGAAAGCAACUAACAAUGGUUUGUCUUUCAGGUCGUUUUUGCAAAGGACCAGAACCUGAAAAACGUAUGUAUUUUUUUCCUCAAGAAACCCUUAAAACUCAUGUAAAUGUGAUGUGUGUACAGGUUUGACUGACAAGGUUAUUAUGGCUUUAGGCGGGCAGUGGGAUAUUAAAUGGAUAUUAUGGCCUUAAAGCAACUCCGAGCUAUCAAGUGUAUUUUUGGAUAAUAAAUAGCUAUAUGAAAUAUUCACAUUUUAAUCUCCAGACAUAAUAGAAAUAUUUGGACUUGAUCAUUUUUGGUACUGCAGAGAGGUAGCUAUAUAUGAGAUAAUAAAAACGUUUUAGACAAAGGGAUGGAUUCUUGCAUGCAUAUACAUAUUACCAUUUAAUAUCAGGUUAUGUACAAUUUCCAUGUCAAGGAAAUGAGUGAUGAUUGCUUACUGAACAUCUUAGCAAUGUUUCUUAAAUAAAUGAACUGAGAACAAAUGUAAAGAUACAAGAGAAAAACACCUGGCCAAUACCCCUAAACAUACUGAUUUUACAAUGGAGAGAACAUAUCGGAUAAUAUGAAACAUCUUGCAAGCAGGUUGACACUACGCCCACCUGAAAAUAAUUUAUAACAAAUUCAUAGUUCUAAAAAUAUUUUGCCACCCACAUUGCAAAGCAUCCAAAGGUCCCACCAAAGUUUAAUUGCAAAGAUUGCAUAAUAUUAUAAAACAAUACAUGGUAUUAUGAAGCAUUGCAUAAUAAUGUUAUAUUACAGAUGUACUAUGUGUAUUUUAUGCGUGAAUGAUUCAACAUGGUAAGCUAUGAGUCUACAUUCAGAUCAGUGACCAUAUAAUACAGAAUCUCUUCCAUCUAUCUGAACCUGCUCCUUGGUUGCCUCUCUCCCAGCCAAGUGCGUGGACAUCAUGAUGAACUACUGCGACGACAUGUCCUACACCCACACCAUGUUCCCCAACAUCCUGGGCCACAGGACCCGCGAGGAGGCCGAGCUGGGCCCCGAAUACCUCCUCCUCAGUGUGGUCCAAAACCUGCUCAGUGGAGAGUGCACCCCAGACAUCCGCAUGCUUGGCUGCUCAGUACUGUUGCCUCGCUGUGAGAAGGAGAAGGUGUGUGGCUCACAAAGGAUAACGUAAUAACACCGGAUAAUGUCAUAACUUUCAUUAAAGUCAUGUUUUCUUUUAUAAUGUAAGGUGCUCAAGCCGUGCAGGAGUACCUGCGAGGUGGUGAGGAAGAACUGUCGCCAUGCCUUCGAGGGCAUCAAGAUGGCCUGGCCCUAUUUCUUGGACUGUGACCGCUUCUUUGUCAGCGACCAGGAGGGCUGUUACGACCCACUGGAGGGCCUACGAGGUAACAACCACAGUUUAACUGGUGUCAUAUCAUAAAAGUGACUAUCAAUCUAUGAUAGUGAAUACAGUAUGACAAUAAGUACUGUACAGUAGGAUGUGGACUCAAAUAAUAUUUUCAGACAUAAAACAAUCACAUGAGCAAAAUGUACAACUGUGUGUCAAUAUUAUUACAAGAUUAUAUCAAUCUAAAGAAAAAUAACACCCCAACCCCCUCUAAUAACAGAAGCAUCCUUGGAGUGCCUACUGAGAAGGCCAUUGCUACGCAGAUUUAUGACGGUCGCCAGGUUGCCACAUGAGCCCUUGUGGUAAGGUGACCAGAUGUCCCCCAAUUUUUAUUGGCCUGUCCCCGGCUCGAGUUGUCCCAGAAAAUGUCUUCGAUUAGCCCUCAGAAAGAAAAAAGCAAUGUUGAAGUUAGAUGGCUGAUAUUUCAAUAAUCAAACUAUGUAUCCAAUCAGAUUUGCAUGUAAAAAUGAUGUCUAACACAGUACCAAACUUGUUUGCUCUCACUGCUUUGCCACUGACCUUUUAUGAGAACUUUUGAUCAGUGCCACAUGAACAACCAUGCCCAUGGCCAGAAAGUGCAUGCAACAGCAUACAGCAUACAGCAUACAUUCGGAAAGUGUUCAGACCCCUUCCCCUUUAGAUUCAUUUAUUUUUUCCCCUCAUCAAUCUACACACAAUACCCCAUAAUGACAAAGCGAAAAUAGGUUUUUAGAAAUGCUAGCAAAUUUAUAAAAAAUUAAAAACAGAAAUACCUUAUUUAUGUAAGUAUUCAGACCCUUUGAUAUGAUACUCUAAAUUGAGCUCAGGUGCAUCCUGUUUCCAUUGAUCAUCCUUGAGAUGUUUCUACAACUUGAUUGGAGUCCAGCUGUGGUAAAGUCAAUUAAUUGGACAUGAUUUGGAAAGGCACACACCAGCCUAUAUAAGGUCCCACAGUUGACAGUGCAUGUCAGAGCAAAAACCAAGCCAUGAGGUCGAAGGAAUUGUCGGUAGAGCUCCGAGACAGGAUUGUGUCGAGGAACAGAUCUGGGGAAGGGUACCAAAACAUUUCUGCAGCAUUGAAGGUCCCCAAGAAAACAGGGGCCUCCAUAAUUCUUAAAUGGAAGAAGUUUGGAACCACCAAGAUUCUUCCAAGAGCUGGCCGCCCGGCUAAACUGAGCAAUCAGGGGGAAAAGGGCCUUGGUCAAUGAGGUGACCAAGAACCCGAUGGUCACUCUGACAGAGCUCCAGAGUUCCUCAGUGGAGAUGGGAGAACCUUCCAGAAGGACAACCAUCUCUGCAGCACUCCACCAAUUGGGCCUUUAUGGUAGAGUGGCCAGACGGAAGCCAGUCCUCAGUAAAAGGCACAUGACAGCCGCAUGGAGUUUGCCAAAAGGCACCUAAAAGAUUCUCAGACCAUGAGAAACAAGAUUCUCUGGUCUGAUGAAACCAAGAUUGAACUCUUUGACCUGAAUGCCAUGCGUCACAUCUGGAGAAAGCCUGGUACCAUCCCUAUGGUGAAGCAUGGUGGUGGCAGCAUCAUGCUGUGGGGAUGUUUUUCAGCGGCAGUGACUGGGAAACUAGUCAGGAUCAAGGGAAAGAUGAAUGGAGCAAAGUACAGAGAGAUCCUUGAUGAAAACCUGCUCCAGAUCCCUCAGGACCUCAGACUGGGCGAAGGUACACCUUCCAACAGGACAACAACCCUAAGCACACAGCCAAGACAACGCAGGAGUGGCUUCUGGACAAGUCUCUGAAUGUACUUGAGUGGCCCAGCCAGAGCCCGGAGUUGAACCCGAUCGAACAUCUCUGGAGAGACCUGAAAAUAGCUGUGCAGCGACGCUCCCAUCCAACCUGACAGAGCUUGAGAGGAUCUGCAGAGAAGAAUGGGAGAAACUCCCCAAAUACAGGUGUGCCAACCUUGUAGCAUCAUACCCAAGAACACUCAAGGCUGUAAUCGCUGCCAAAGGUGCUUCAACAAAGUAAAGGGUCUGAAUACUUAUGUAAAUGUGGUAUUUCCGUUUUUAUCAGUUUCUAAAAACCUGUUUUUGCUUCGUCAUUAUGUGUAGAUUGAUGAGGGAAAAAAACAAAUGUAAUCCAUUUUAGAAGAAGGCUGUAACGUAAUAAAAUUUGGAAAAUGUCAAGGGGUCUGAAUACUUUCCGAAUGCACUGUAGGCUACUAAAUGGGUGAUUCAAAAAUUACUUCACAGGAUUAAGAAAACUGUGGAUGGGUAAUCCAUUUCUGUGUUAAAAUUAAUACAAGUAGCCUUUUUGAAAGGAAUAUAGCAAAAAUGUAUAGUUAAAUAUAGUUCCAUGCCAUUGUUUUUUAUAUUUUUGUGCAGCUGCCCCCACAUAGUGUGAUGGGUGAUUUGAAGGAGUCAGGCGCAGGAGGGUAAAUCACAGAACACAGAAUUUAUUCUGGAAUACAGAGUUACGCAGAAAUGCAUCAAACAAUCCAGUGCGCAAAACAGGUGCACUGGAACUAAACAGGCACACGGGGGAAAAACCCUGGCAAUACAAAAUACACAGAGCUCAACCGAGCUACACUCUCCUCACAGUAAACAAUCACACACAAGGACAAGGGGGCAGAGGGAACACUUAUACAAGUACUGAUGAGGGGAUAUGAACCAUGUGUGUGUAAUAAACAAGACAAAACAAAUGGAAUGAUGAGAUGAGGAGCGGCAGUGGCUAGAAGGCCAGUGACGACGAACGCCGAAGCCUGCCCGAACCAGGAGAGGAGGCAGCUUUGGAGGAAGUCGUGACACGUAAGCUUUUGUGACCUAGAAAGGAUCUAUAUUUGUAGCAACUAUACAAAGCCCUCAAAAAGAACCCAUAAGCAAGAUGUUAGAGAUUUGACAACUUCAAUAACAUCAUGUGUGAGCCAUAUGGGAACACAUACAAAUGAUGUCACUUUAUAUCCGCAGGCAAUGCUGUUAACGUAUCUGCCAUUCAUAUCUUGACUCGCACAAGAUAUACUGUGUCCUUUUGAACAAAUCUAUGAAUUCACACUGAUAGGUGAUAGACAACUGCAGUAUAUCAUGUUCACGCAGAGAAGUGAUCAGUCUAACUUGAGUUCAGUACAGUUUGUUUCUCUCUGUGGUCUGCAACCGACACACACUCCAGCUGUGUGAUUGCUCUCUCUUCCUUUGUACUCUCUCUGUUUAUCUCUACAGCUGCUCUUUGCUGCCAUAAACAGGUUGCUACAGUAUCCUAUACCGACAAAAUAACAGUUGAAUGUUCAUAUAGCCAUUUCCCUGAAAUAUAUCAUAGAUAUGAAUUUACAUAUUAUAUAUACAAUAUGAUAUGGUUAUAGAUAUGCACACAGAUGGUGGUACCAAAUUUAGCAUAACAGCUUUUAGUGUAGUAUGAAAUCUGUUUCCAAACGGAUCUUGGAUUCUAACUGAAACACAAGCUGAUGUCUGGCAACCCUACUAAGCUUUAUAAUUAUUUCCAUGCUGAUAUUUCUUUUGAACUGAUGUCUUUGGUCUUAUGUCUCAACUUUGAUUGGUUGCUUACCUUUUAGGUCUGGCACAUUUGCCUAAAUGAGCACAUUUAUAUAGAAGUGCAGACCGGGGCCAGAAUGUAGACUUUCCACUUUCUCUAAUUCCUCAGUGUCCUGACAUUUUACAGGGCUCUACUCAGCAUGAGAUGAAAGACUAAGGCCGUAUGUAGUAAAAUGGUAUUCUGAUAUCCAUCAAAGUUAUUUAAGUGAGGCGGUUUAUUGAAGCAUGGUUAUGCUUUCAAAUGUUAACUUUUCUAUGACAUUGACUCAAGUCAAGCUUGCUAGUUAAUUCAAAAGUGUCAUAACUGGCUUGGAACACUAUUGAUCUUUACAUGUUUGGCUACACUUUAUAAUAACUUUAACGAAUAUGCCAUUAUUAUAAAAUGUCACCAUCUCGUCUUUAUCAUAGUAACACAGGAAGAAGCCCAGGCCAGUAUAGGUAAUACCCCUGAGGAGACUCAUACUAUCAUCCAGUUCAGCUAUCAGUCUAAUGCCCAGAUGAACAGCAUCCUGAAGAAGACUGCAGCGCGAUGCCCCGAAAUCGCCACAACCUACAGCAUCGGCCGCAGUGUGGAGGGCAAAGACCUGCUAGUGAUUGAGUUCUCAAACAACCCUGGAGUACAUGAAUUACGUGAGUACAAAUUGUCCUCAAAUAUACAGUACAGUGAGAGAGAGUACUGGGCUCAGAGUUCAACCAGAGAGUGUGUGUAUUUUCUGAUUGUUGCACUUGACUGUAAGCUGCAGUCUUGGCCAGGUUUCCCUUGAAAAACAGAUAAUUCAUCUCAAGGGACUUUCUGGUAGAAUAAAUGUAAUAUAAGUCCCUAUCCUGUUGCCUCAUAUCAACAGUUGAACCAGAGAUGAAGUACAUAGGCAACAUGCACGGGAACGAGGUGCUGGGUCGCCAGCUGUUGAUCUAUCUGACCCAGUACCUGUGUUCAGAGUACCUGCUGGGGAACCAACGCAUCCAGACCCUGAUCAACACCACGCGUAUCCACAUCCUGCCCUCCAUGAACCCUGACGGCUAUGAGCUGGCUGCUGCUGAGGUCCAGGGCACCAACGACCCCGAGAAUGAGGAGGUUGGUUGAAUCAAUGUUGUUGCCAUGUUAUUUGAACGUAAUUCCAACAUGAUGGUGAAUCAACAUGGAAGACUUAUUGGGUUUGAAAGUAUACACACAUUCUACCAGGUUUUUACCAGAAUUCAACGGCAGGUCGGAAUGUUACGUUUAUUCAACACCACAGGAGGUUGGUGGCACCUUAAUUGGGGAGGCCAGGCUCGUGGUAAUGGCUGGAGCUGUAAUGAAUACUCAGGGAGUAAAAGGUGUAGAUUCACGCACAGAGCGCGGCAUGUGUUUAUUUCGCCUUCGCAGAAGGCAGGAAUCGUGGUCACAGGCAGGCAAUGGUCAUACACAGGUAGGCAAACAGGCAGGUGAAUCAAAACUAGGACUGAAGACUAUAACUGGUUCUCACAAACGAGCUAGGAAAAGGCUUAGUAGAGUCAAAACGAACAAUACCUCACAAGGCACAAACAGAAUGACCUGAACUAAAUAAGGAGCUGAUGAGACCAGGUGAGUAACUAACACAGGUAAAAUCAAUGAACAAAAAUGAAAGACAGGGCUACGUUCAAGAACACAAAGAAACAGGGCUACGUUCAAGAACACAAGGUUGACUAAGAAAAUAAAUACAGAACCUUACAGGAGCAGAAUAAGUGGAAUGGUAUCCAUGUGUUUGAUGCCAUUCUAUUAGCUACGUUCCGGCCAUUAUUAUGAGCUAUCUUCCCCUCAGCAGCCUCAUGUUAGGCGACAACACCAAUCAAAUAUCAAUAAUACAAUAUUCACUGCUCAAUACUAACAGUAUACUAUCCACUGUAUGAAACUCUACAGGCUCAGAACUACCACAGCUGGACCCUGGGUCGAGGUAACGCCCAGAACAUUGACCUGAACAGGAACUUCCCUGACCUGACCUCUGUCGCCUACAGCCGCCGCAGACACCGGCAUUUCCGUAGCGACCACAUCCCAAUCCCAGACGCUUACUGGUUUGAUAAGGUACAGUAUGAAUUCCUAUCCAUUUACAGUGGGGAAAAAAAGUAUUUAGUCAGCCACCAAUUGUGCAAGUUCUCUCACUUAAAAAGAUGAGAGAGGCCUGUAAUUUUCAUCAUAGGUACACGUCAACUAUGACAGACAAAUUGAGAAUUUUUUUCUCCAGAAAAUCACAUUGUAGGAUUUUUAAUGAAUUUAUAUGCAAAUUAUGGUGGAAAAUAAGUAUUUGGUCACCUACAAACAAGCAAGAUUUCUGGCUCUCACAGACCUGUAACUUCUUCUUUAAGAGCCUCCUCUGUCCUCCACUCGUUAUCUGUAUUAAUGGCACCUGUUUGAACUUGUUAUCAGUAUAAAAGACACCUGUCCACAACCUCAAACAGUCACACUCCAAACUCCACUAUGGCCAAGACCAAAGAGCUGUCAUAGGACACCAUAAACAAAAUUGUAGACCUGCACCAGGCUGGGAAGACUGAAUCUGCAAUAGGUAAGCAGCUUGAUUUGAAGAAAUCAACUGUGGGAGCAAUUAUUAGGAAAUGGAAGACAUACAAGACCACUCAUAAUCUCCCUCGAUCUGGGGCUCCACGCAAGAUCUCACCCAGUGGGGUCAAAAUGAUCACAAGAACGGUGAGCAAAAAUCCCAGAACCACACGGGGGGACCUAGUGAAUGACCUGCAGAGAGCUGGGACCAAAGUAACAAAGCCUACCAUCAGUAACACACUACGCCACCAGGGACUCAAAUCCUGCAGUACAAGACGUGUCCCCCUGCUUAAGCCAGUAUAUGUCCAGGCCCGUCUGAAGUGCAUUUGGAUGAUCCAGAAGAGGAUUGGGAGAAUGUCAUAUGGUCAGAUGAAACCAAAAUAGAACUUUUUGGUAAAAACUCAACUCGUCGUGUUUGGAGGACAAAGAAUGCUGAGUUGCAUCCAAAGAACACCAUACCUACUGUGAAGCAUGGGGGUGGAAACAUCAUGCUUUGGGGCUGUUUUUCUGCAAAGGGACCAGGACGACUGAUCCGUGUAAAGGAAAGAAUGAAUGGGGCCAUGUAUUGUGAGAUUUUGAGUGAAAACCUCCUUCCAUCAGCAAGGGCAUUGAAGAUGAAACGUGGCUGGGUCUUUCAGCAUGACAAUGAUCCCAAACACACCGCCCGGGCAACGAAGGAGUGGCUUCGUAAGAAGCAUUUCAAGGUCCUGGAGUGGCCUAGCCAGUCUCCAGAUCUCAACCCCAUAGAAAAUCUUUGGAGGGAGUUGAAAGUCUGUGUUGCCCAGCGACAGCCCCAAAACAUCACUGCUCUAGAGGAGAUCUGCAUGGAGGAAUGGGCCAAAAUACCAGCAACAGUGUGUGAAAACCUCGUGAAGACUUACAGAAAACGUUUGACCUGUGUCAUUGCCAACAAAGGGUAUAUAACAAAGUAUUGAGAAACUUUUGUUAUUGACCAAAUACUUAUUUUCCACCAUAAUUUGCAAAUAAAUUCAUUAAAAAUCCUACAAUGUGAUUUUCUGGAGAAAAAAAAUCUCAUUUUGUCUGUCAUAGUUGACGUGUACCUAUGAUGAAAAUUACAGGCCUCUCUCAUCUUUUUAAGUGGGAGAACUUGCACAAUUGGUGGCUGACUAAAUACUUUUUCCCCCACUGUAUAUGCAUGUUUGCAUUGAUUGUGUGGUGUUUAUGCUACUGGAUAUGAACACAUGUCAAAUAUCAAAUGACAAAUUCUUUACGUGUAUUUUAGCAUUAGGCCGGACAAAGUCGAUUUACUGUUUAACUGAUUUAUUUUCUAGAAAAGUGAGGCAAAAAAAACAACAAAAAAAAACAAAUUACCCCAAUUGAUACCAAGUGAGAGGGUUUUUCAAAAAUAGUGGAGAAGGAAUAAAUUAGUACUUUACCACAUUGUCCUACGCACCUAUGCAAGCUCUAGGCCUAUAGGCUUUAACAAAAUAUUAAUAGACUAGGCUUUUAAUUUGAAGAAAGAGGGACAAUCAUUCAAGUUAGGUCUGUCAAAUGAAUGUAGCUUUGGAAAAAGUUACUUUCAAUCCGGCCAUAGAGUAUAGCCUAUCUAUCGUAUAAUCUACAGAAUCAUUUUUGUAUUUAAAAUGCACAAUUAGAAGCAUCAUUCCGUUACAGAGCAAGCUUUAUUAAAUUUGAGGCCAGUAUGCCUAUACAGUCAAUUCACUCAUGGCAUCCUCCUUCAAUUGACUCAUCCGGCUGCCAGGAAAAACCCCCACCUUGGAGACAGUCGACCACAUCAUUGUGGAGGUCCUGAUCUGCGCGAAGUGUGUGCGUGCCACUGGCGAUGCAUUUUUCAGGAUAUGCGGGCUGUUCUCGGGGCGCUUGAUAACUUCAAACACAUUCCGUCUUGGUGUUGUCUGUCGGCCUUGGUGUUGUCUGUGGUCCUCUGUAGCUCAGCUGGUAGAGCACGGCGCUUGUAACGCCAAGGUAGUGGGUUCGAUCCCCAGGACCACCCAUACACAAAAAAUGUUUUUAUGCACGCAUGACUGUAAGUCGCUUUGGAUAAAAGCGUCUGCUAAAUGGCAUAUUAUUAUUAACUGUAGGUUAUGAAUCGCAAAUCACCAUACAGCUGACACACUUAGAUGUCAUCACUCAUUUUGAAUUCAAUUUGGUUUUCAAAAAUACUAUCAGCUUGCACUGGGUCUUUGCUGAGGAAUGCCCUGAUCUCUGGCCAGUCGUUCGGUUCGAUGAUGACAUUGUUUAGGUUAUUAAUUGCUUCUAAAAGGUCAGAAAAUGAUGCAUUAACCAUGAAUUUAACCGACUGUUUGUUUACAACGAGAUGCCCCACCACGUUUAACCUGGACACAUAAAUAGUAGGAAUUUGCGCCGACCUCAGCUAUGCUGGCAUGUCAGAGAAAUGAAACAUCUGCACAUACAGGUCCUGAGCAUGUGUGUCACUGUCCAAUCAGAGGCCCGAACAUAACAAUCGUGUGAUCUGAAGUGGUUUGGUCUUUGAUUCUCACGUAUCAGCUUGGGAAAUCCUCAAGGUAGAGCAGACAGUGCAUUACAGUAUAAGACCAAAGCACUGCAUAAAUUGAGAAUGGUGCAAUUGUGGCCUGCAAUUUGGGGCAUUCCUGCAUGUGGGCAUUCCUGCAUCUGCAGGAACCCCUCUUUAUACUUCUAUUGGUCACAUUUUAAGCAAGGACAGGUGGGAGGUGGGCACGCUCCAGUACAGUAGGUGGCGUUAAUGCACAAUAACGUUGGAUGCCAGCCGCCGAUAAACCCCACAGAAGAAGGGGUGGGGGUGACAAUGGUAGCUAGCUAGCUGUACACCGGUAGACAGUGUCCCUCGUCCCUGCCUGUUGGGCACUGUUUUUCCGCAGGUCUAUUAACAACAGUGACGGCAGGUGUUCGGCAGGAGUGAGCGAAGUACACUGUGUGCUAGCUUAGCCAGCUAGUCCGGUACACAGCAGGUGGGAGGCAUGAAGAUGUCGUGCUCGUGGGAGCGGGGGAGGGGGCAUUCAUGCAGGACCCAAUUGGAUGCUCGAUGGGGGGUGUUCAUGAAGGAACCAAUGGGAUGCUUGAGGGGCGGCAUGCAGGAACACCUCGAAUAGCGGGCUGCAGUUGCACACUAUUGCAUAAAUGUGCAAAAUAAUUAUACAUAUUUUAAAAGAAACGUGAAGCGGGGCAUCCGUUAAAUAGUAAAUCAAGUUUGUGUGUCCUUAUUGAUGUAUCGUCAAUAUUUGAUAUCAAGAUAUUUAAUUGAGCUUUGAGCUUCACCAAUCAUUUCCUGUUGUCAUGCCAUCAUCAUUUUUUGUUGUGAUAUGACCAGCUGAAGAUGGUGACGUAUGAUUUAUUAGCCUGUCUGUAUGAGUGUUAUAUAAUACAGGUAGCUCCAGAGACAUACGCAGUCAUGAAGUGGAUCAGGUCCAUUCCCUUUGUGCUCUCAGCUAACUUCCACGGAGGGGAGCUGGUGGUGUCCUAUCCCUACGACCUCUCCAAACACCCACUAGAGGAGAAGAUGUUCUCCCCCACGCCAGACGAACAGGUAAGCAGGACUGACAGCAACAUGCACUCUCCACUCAAACAUGGACAGUACUCUCCAGAAUGCACAGCACUCUAUGACCUGAAGUGUGUCUAUUACAGAGAGCUGACCAAUUGAUUGUUCAUGCUCUGCAUUUAUGAUUAUUCAUUACCACAUCCUUGAGAAAAAAAAAUGUUGGGGGGAGAUUUCCUUUGCAGUCAUAUAACAGACAUGUAAAGGAAGUGAAAAAUGUAUCUUAGCUGCUAACAAAUCAAACUAGCAUAACAAAUCUAUUUAACAGUAAACAGAACUAGCCAUUAUCUUUCUUAUGAAUGACAAAGACAUAUGUUUUAUUUUUUGCUGCAGGUAUUCAAGCAGAUAGCGAGAACAUAUGCAGAUGCCCAUGCCACCAUGUCAGGAAAUAACUCUGAAAGGUGUGGGAACUUUGGCAGCAUCGGCCAGGACGGCAUCAUUAAUGGAGCAAAGUGGUACAGCUUCGCAGGUGGUAAGUUUAAAGUAACUGUCCAGUGUUUCCAGAUUUCUAUUAAACAUGUCCUAUAAAUAUAGCUGCGAGCAGCAAUGAACGGGGUUCACAGGAUGACAGAAAGGACAGAAGAUCAGUUGGAUAACAUAGCAAGCACACCAUCAUGUAGGAACUAUCUUCCUUUAUGUGCAAUCAGUGAAAGCAGUACCAUGUUUAUCUCUCAAUACCACAAGGAUGACGCAAGUUAAGUUUAGUAUAGUGCUGUAGGUUGAAAUGCAGAAGGUAUUCAUUCUUAAAGUAAUUACUUAAUGUAUUGAGUUUAUAUAUAAUUCUGGGGUCAAUUUGACUAAUAUUAAGAUUUGUUGAAUAUUUUAAGCUUAUUUUCAUGAUAUUUCACAUUGUUUUGUUUGCAUAAUUUAUACCUAGCAUUCAUUUGCAUGAGACAAAGUCCACUUGAUCAAUAGUUAUUGCUCUAGUAUCCUAUGGUGCCACUGGUGCCAAUGACAUCAAUAGUGCCACCAACUGGUCUGGUGAAGCCAUCUAAGGUUGCAGUGACUUUAUAUCUUAUAUCCACACAGCUUCUAAGGACAUAUACAUAAGGUUUACAUACCAAAUUACACGGCUCCAUGUCCAUCACUUCAGUUCUUAUAUCCCUGGUGUGAUAUGGUGCCAUUUAGUGGUGUAGCGUGGCCGACUUUGAAUGCAGCAACUAAUAAUUCUGAAAUUCAUCAGAGGCUAAUUCAUUGAGUAUAUCUAUUAGGGAAAUGCAUCUCUCCUUACAAGCAUGAUUUGUUACGUAUCUAGAUACAUGUGCUCCGAUACGAUACAGGAACGAUACUUUUAGUUUUAAUCGAUUCGGUGCAAUUCAGUUUGAUUAGUGGAACGAAUCGAUGCGAUUCGGUUCGAUAUGAUUUGUGUGUGUGUAGGGACUGAGCUGAGCCAUAGGGCAGACUGAGCAUCUACCACUAUCAGAUAAGGGUGGGCUAUUUAUGUUUUUGUCCCCCUACUUUUUAUCUGAAAUCCUCAUCACCCACUGAUGAACUUGUCAUAUAGCAGAUUAAAAUGUUUUGAGCUAGUAAUAUGUAAAUAUUUAGUUAGAUGUGCAAUCAGCAAGAUGUGAGUUGUGUCCACUCAAGAUGAGUUGUGUCCACAAUUUUCUACAGUGCAUUUGGUAACAAUGACACAGCAAAUUACAUUGGUUGUCCCUCAAUUAAUAAAGCCUAUGAUUUCAUAUUGCGAAAUCCAUUUUAUAAACAUCUGAAUGCUGAAGUAGCAGAUGUAGCCUAUGAAUAUUAGAACAGAGAUAGGGUAAGCCUACCUCUCGUUGGCACGAACAGCUGCGUCUCCCGCACUGUGCGCACAGUUGUUAUCUGACUUGUAGAUCAAUCUCAUACACAGUUAAAUUCAUAUAAGUUUGAUAGGCUGAAGGAUAGGACGCAUCAAUUCAGUCACAGCAGAUUAGCGGUAUUUUCAGGAUAAUGUUUCGUAGCAUUUUAAUCGAUUUUCUUACCGUUUGGAUCGGUUUGGGCUCCCGCGGACCGAAGCACUUGUAUCUUAAACAUUUGAACCGGGAUUAAACAUUUGAACCGGGACCGAUGCAUAUCGGUGAAUCGUUACAUCCCUAUUACUUAUGAUUCAUGAGAAUAUUUUUUGUUUGUGUAAUUUUUUGUAUUAGCAUAAUUUUCUAAUGCUAAAAAGUAUGUGCUACUGUGCAUCUAUAGGUACAGUGUAGCCAUAUUUGAAUGCAGCAACCAUUCUUUCUCAAAACCAUUAAAGACUGAUGUAAUGAGUCUAAAUACAAAAUCUGGAGUGAGUUGUUAAUACUUUCCUUAAUUUUUUGCGAUAUCAAUACCAUAUUCAGUGUCUUACAUCCAUGAUAGCGAGUUUCAAGUUGAUAGGCCACUGUGGAGUAGAUUUUACAGUGGUUUAAAUGGACACGUAAAAUCAGAUUUUCUCAAAAUAAGACAUUCCAAAUAUUUUAGUACAUUAGCAUAUGUGCUCAUAUGCAUCUACUGGUAUUGUGUGGCCAUUUUUGAAUGCAUCAACAUUAUUUUCUCAAACUCUUUAGGGACUACUGUUAUGAGUCCAAAGACCAAAUUUGGAGGGAAUCUGACUUUUAGAUUUGAGAUUUUCUCUUCUUUUUCUUUUUUUAUGCUGAACAAAAAUAUAAACUCAACAUGUAAAGUGUUGGUCUCAUGAUUCAUGAGCUGAAAUAAAAGAUCCCUGAAAUGUUCCAUAAGCACAAAAUGUUUCAUCAUGAUAAUGCAUGGCCCCAUGUUGCAAGGAUCUGCACAUAAUUCCUGGAUCCUGGUACUCACCAGACAUGUCACCCAUUGAGCAUGUUUGGGAUGCUCUGGAUCGACGUGUACGACGGCAUGUUCCCUUUAAUAUCUAGCAACUUUGCACAGCCAUUGAAGAGUAGUGGGACAAUAUUCCACAGGCCACAAUCAACAGCCUGAUCAAUUCUAUAUGAAGAUGUGUCGCCCUGAAUGAGACAAAUGGUGGUCACACCAGAUACUGACUGGUUUUCUGAUCCACGCCCCUACCUUAAAAAAAAAGAAUCUGUGACCACCAACAGAUGCAUAUCUGUAUUCCCAGUCAUGUGAAAUCCAUAGAUUAGGGCCUAAUGAGUUUAUUUCAAUUGAAUGAUUUCCUUAUAUGAACUGUAACUCAGUAAAAUCUUUGAAAUUGUUGCAUAGUUGCGUUUCUAUUUUUAUUCAGUGUAUUUUAAGCAUUAGCGUUACAUAGUCAAAGAAGUUAAUUAUUAAUAGUUUCCUUAUUCUUUAAGAUAUCAAUGCCAAUCUAACAUGGUUCAUCAUGGUAAUAUUUUUGAUGACCCUAAAAAGUUGCAAGUUGAUAAGCCAUUGUGAAGUGGAUUUUAAAAGGAUUUAAAUGGACGCAUAAAAUCUGAUUUCCUGAUUUAUCAAUAACUCAGCCAUCUCUUAACCAAUGCCUUAGCUUUUCUCAAACUAAAUUAAGAGAUGUACCAUGGGCCUACUGCAUAACACAUGUGGUGUUAUUUGGACUUAUGGUUCAUGAUACGUUUUUCAAAGGUUUUCCAAAAUCUAUACUGACAGACUUUAUGGGUCCUUGAUACAAAUUUGUUCAGCAUCAGGAAAGACGCCUACAUACAACGUUUCAAGUCUCUAGGUCAAACGGGGCGACAGAUAUGAGGGUUUAAGUGAGACUGCUUAUAACAGCGCCACUUAUAGGACAAUCGGUGCCAUUAUGUCUGACCAAGUUACUUAUGGCCUCAAGUUUCUGUGUGCCAAAUUACAAAAAAAGUUACCAAUCUAUGCUUGAGUUAUUUGACCAUAUCAAGGAAAACAAUUAUAAUAAUAACAAUAGGUUUCACAGCUUCGCUGAAUGGAAAAGUUUUCCUUCCAAAAAAAACUAAUCUCAGGAGCAUGACGUCAUCCUCUAUGAGAAAAUUGCAAACAUUUGAGGGGUUUUCUUUGUGUUUUUUUUUCUCCACUUUAUGCUUUGGCCACAAAUAGCAUAUAGGAGUGUAAGAUGAGUCAACAACAUUAUUUGGGUAUGAGUUAACAGAAUUAAAAAAAAAAAAACUUUUAUAAGUUAGAUUUUCAGUGGACAUUUACUUUAAAAAACAUGGUCAAAUCAAAAACAGUCUAGGACUGUUGAAGUUAAUUUAUAACAUUAGAUUAAAAUAGCUGAUGAAGGCUCAGUGACAACCGGAAUUUACUAAGCAAGUUGUAUUAUGAAGUAUGAAUGCCACCUGGUGGUGCUUCUAGUUAUUGUCUUUCUACAUUUUUAUUUUUUAUUUUUUUAUUUCACCUUUAUUUAAGCAGGUAAGCCAGUUGAGAACAGGUUCUCAUUUACAACUGCGACCUGGCCAAGAUAAAGCAAAGUAGUGCAAUAAAAACAACACAGAGUUACAUAUGGGGUAAAAAAAAACAUAAAGUCAGAAAUACAACAGAAAAUAUAUAUACAGUGUGUGCAAAUGUAGCAAGUUAUGGAGGUAAGGCAAUAAAUAGGCUAUAGUGCAGAAUAAUUACAAUAGUAUUAACACUGGAAUGCUAGAUGUGCAAGAGAUUAUGUGCAAAUAGAGAUACUGGGGUGCAAAAGAGCAAAAUAAAUAACAAUAUAGGGAUGAGGUAGUUGGGUGGGCUAAUUUCAGAUGGGCUGUGUACAGGUGCAGUGAUCGGUAAGGUGCUCUGACAACUGAUGCUUAAAGUUAUUGAGGGAGAUAAGAGUCUCCAGCUUCAGAGAUUUUUGCAAUUCGUUCCAGUCAUUGGCAGCAGAGAACUGGAAGGAAUGGCGGCCAAAGGAGGUGUUGGCUUUGGGAAUGACCAGUGAGAUAUACCUGCUGGAGCGCAGACUACGGGUGGGUGCUGCUAUGGUGACCAAUGAGCUAAGAUAAGGCGGGGAUUUGCCUAGCAGUGAUUUAUAGAUGGCCUGGAGCCAGUGGGUUUGACGACGAACAUGUAGUGAGGACCAGCCAACAAGAGCGUACAGGUCACAGUGGUGGGUAGUGUAUGGGGCUUUGGAGACAAAACGGAUGGCACUGUGAUAGACUACAUCCAAUUUGCUGAGUAGAGUGUUGGAGGCUACUUUGUAAAUGACAUCGCCGAAGUCAAGGAUCGGUAGGAUAGUCAGUUUUACGAGGGCAUGUUUGGCAGCAUGAGUGAAGGAGGCUUUGUUGCGAAAUAGGAAGCCGAUUCUAGAUUUAACUUUGGAUUGGAGAUUCUUUAUGUGAGUCUGGAAGUUGAGUUUACAGUCUAACCAGACACCUAGAUAUUUGUAGUUGUCCACAUACUCUAGGUCAGACCCGUCGAGAGUGGUGAUUCUAGUCGGGUGGGCGGGUGCUAGCAGCGUUCGAUUGAAAAGCAUGCAUUUAGUUUUACUAGUGUUUAAGAGCAGUUGAAGGCUACUGAAGGAUUGUUGUAUGGCAUUGAAGCUCGUUUGGAGGUUUGUUAACACAGUGUCCAAUGAAGGGCCAGAUGUAUACAAAAUGGUGUCGUCUGCGUAGAGGUGGAUCUGAGAGUCACCAGCAGCAAGAGCGACAUCAUUGAUAUACACAGAGAAAAGUGUCGGCCCAAGAAUUGAACCCUGUGGCACCCCCAUACAUGAAUGGAUUAUGGCAAUGGUGAGUUUGUAGUUUCUUUCACUGGUACGUAUUUCCUCUUGUCAUGUGGCCAGGUAUGCAGGACUUCAACUACCUCCACACUAACUGUUUGGAAGUGACAGUGGAGUUGGGCUGUGAUAAAUUCCCAGCUGAGGAGGAGUUAUACACAGGCUGGCAGGACAACAAAGAGGCUCUGCUCACAUUCAUGGAGUCGGUGAGAGACCUUAAAGCCAGCAAUUCAUUCCAAAACAUCCCCCAACCAACCCUUCUGUUUUCAAUCACUCCUUUUCACAAAUCUGAGAUGACUUUUCCACUAACUCUGCUUCUCAAUGUUUCUCAGGUCCACCGUGGAAUAAAGGGAAUAGUAAAGGAUGCGGAUGGGAAUGGAAUCAAAGGCGCAAGGAUAUCUGUCAGAGGAAUAAGGCAUGACAUCACAACAGGUAAUAUCUAUAGUCAGCCUUACAGAUUGCGAUUGGUCAUUUUCAUUGAAUGCUUUGGGAAUCUAAGCGGUAGUUAUUAGAUGAAUACAUAGCUUUGAGGAUUUUAGUCUCAAGUAGUUUCAUUUUCUAUAAUACUAAAGCUCUAAGAGAUCCCAUUUUAAUUGUGUAAAAUAACAGUCACGUCCUAUUUGAGAUGUCAGGCUGUGUGUAACCUAUUGAGUCAAAAUACCUUCUCUCCCUCCAUUCCUCCUCUCUUUCUAGCUGAAAACGGAGACUACUGGCGCCUGCUAACUGCUGGCAUCCACAUCCUGACUGCCUCUGCACCAGGCUACACCAGAGCCAUGAAGAAGAUCCACCUCCCGGCACGCAUGCAGAAAGCAGGCCGGGUGGACUUUGUUCUGCAGAAGGCUGUGGUGAAGCCUGACAUAGAGGAGGACUAUAACAUCCCGUCCAUGGGGACCUAUGAGCGCUUUGACCCCUACAACCAGUUUGAGCGCUAUGCCAUUAGUGAGCAGAACCAGAAUAGAGAGGAGAGGCAGGAGAAACCGUGGUGGUGGAGCUACUUUAGCCGCGCCCACGGAUCCGCCCCCACCUGGCUUCUCAGAAUUGAUUAGAGCUCCUCCCCUCCAAUAAAAUAUAAUAUUUUAUGGCUAUUUCUAUGGUUCCCCUUCGUCCUAUAGCCCCCUUUCUCAACUCCGGUCCCCGAGUACCAUCAAGGGUUGCACAUGUCUGUUACAACUCAAUAAUAGCACACAGUACCCUGGCGCUUGUAACACCAGGGUAGUGGGUUCGAUCCCCG